CGCCAGGGGGCGGGGCCGCCGAGUGGAGUCGAGUGGAGUCGAGUCGAGUCGAGCCUUCAGAGUCCGGGGCGCAGGCCUUCCGCCGAGUUGAUCUUUCGGUUGCUGGUGACCGUGGGCCGCGCGGUCUACGGUCGGGCUGAGACGCGCGCUGCAAUGGCGACCUUUGUGAGCGAGCUGGAGGCUGCCAAGAAGAACUUGAGCGAGGCGCUGGGGGACAACGUGAAACAAUACUGGGCCAACUUGAAGUUGUGGUUCAAGCAGAAGAUCAGCAAAGAGGAGUUCGACCUUGAAGCUCACAGACUCCUCACCCAGGACAACGUCCAUUCUCACAAUGAUUUCCUCCUGGCCAUCCUCACACGCUGUCAGAUUUUGGUUUCUACACCAGAGGGUGCUGGAUCUUUGCCCUGGACAGGGGGCUCUGCAGCCAAGCCCGGAAAACCCAAGGGCAAGAAAAAGCUUUCUUCUGUUCGUCAAAAAUUUGAUCAUAGAUUUCAGCCCCAGAACCCCCUCUCUGGAGCUCAACAGUUUGUGGCAAAGGAUCCCCAGGAUGAUGAUGAUUUGAAACUUUGUUCACACACCAUGAUGCUUCCUACACGAGGUCAACUUGAAGGGAGAAUGAUCGUGACUGCCUAUGAGCACGGGCUGGACAACGUCACCGAGGAGGCCGUGUCUGCUGUAGUCUAUGCGGUGGAGAAUCACCUCAAAGAUAUUCUGACUUCAGUUGUGUCGAGAAGGAAAGCUUACAGGGUUCGGGAUGGUCAUUUUAAAUAUGCCUUUGGUAGUAACGUGACCCCACAGCCAUACCUGAAGAACAGUGUGGUGGCUUACAACAACUUGGUUGAAGGCCCUCCAGCCUUUCCUGCUCCUUGUGCCAGUCAGAACCCAGCUUCUCACCCACACCCCGAUGACGCUGAACAGCAGGCUGCAUUCCUGUUGGCUUGCUCUGGGGACACUCUACCUGCAUCGUUGCCUCCAGUGAACAUGUAUGACCUGUUUGAAGCUUUGCAGGUGCACAGGGAAGUCAUUCCUACACAUACUGUGUAUGCCCUUAACAUUGAAAGGAUCAUCAUGAAACUCUGGCACCCUAAUCACGAAGAGCUACAGCAAGACAAAGUCCACCGCCAGCGCUUGGCAGCCAAAGAAGGACUUUUGCUCUGCUAAAUCAGGAUUUGAAGAUUUGGGACCAUCGUAAAUUAAUUGGUUGCUGAACAUUGAAUGCUUUUGAGUCCACAUUUCAGAAUUGAAGUGUAUAGUGUAUGUAUAACCUUUCCUAUGGAAAUGUGACAUUUGAGUGCAUUUUGUGUUGCUACUGUGAAGCCAUUACUAUGUCUGAUGACCAGUGUGUCUGUCCCCAGCAUACGGAGCAGUCAUUGUUCUGUGUCUGAUAGGGAUAUUAAGACACCUGGGGUGUCUCUGGUCUGUCAGUCAGAUCAGUGACGUUGUAGAAUAAAGAUGCUGUUGUAGUUCAGUCCCAUGA